AUGGCGCGAAAUUCUCCGUGCAUAGAAAAAGAAGACUUGGGUGAAGUAAUCGAUCAGGACAGGGAGGAAAGGCUAAUAGAACUGGAAGCUGGAGAAGCUGGUGAGAAGAAAGAGCCCGACAAGAAGAGCGCGAGGUUGCCCGACUGCCUUCUCCUAAUGUUGUAUGAGCCAAAGUUAUCAAUGGAGGUAUCUAAGGAAACAUGGGUCUGCAGCAACGACUUCUUACACCGGCGGCUUCGCCACCCGAUUUACCAACCUUGGCAUCCUUCCAAACCCUCUGCUGCCGUCGCUAUGACUGCCACCAGCGCCGGAAGCAACAAUGACAAAGAUGAGGUAGAGAAUAAGGAAGUUGUCACUUCGAUCCUCCCAGCGAUACCUCAUCCGCCUCCGCCAUCUCGUCAACCAACGCCAUCCACUGUACCGGAGAAGUCGAGGGGCAACGCUAGUGCAGCGAUGACGCCGGUGCCACCUUCAGUGUAUGGACCAUUAGCACUGACACGGUGCGAGUCAGAGCAGAUGAGGUCGUCGGCAAAACUGACACCGGACGCUUGCUUUUGGAAGGACCGGCAUCGGCCAAUUGGGGCCGCCGGAAUCGGAUUAUGA